UCCCGGUCCAUAUUUCGACGCGGGACACGGAAAUCGAGGAUUUUGCCUAUAAGUAGGGAGAGAGGGGAGAGAUUUUGUCACUUUUACAAUUCUCUCUCUCUCUCUAAAUUUGAGUUUUCUGCUCUCUCUCUCUACUUUAGAGCUCUUUCUCUCUCUAAGUCCGGGCUUCACUCUAUUCGUCCGACCAGGUACGCUUUUGUUUUGCUUUUUCGCUAAGUUUUUUCUUCUUUCGUUUAAUAAAAUCGGCCGACCCCCUCCUGUUGAUAAAUAAUGGGGAGCUCGUCCGAGUCAGUGACACCUCCUCCCUCACCUCCUUAUAAUUUAGCCGAGGAAGUGAGGAGUAUGGGAAUGGUAUUGGUGUCAACUUUAAUAAGUUGCCCGGAUCCCUCGGCUGUGCCUGAGGCGCUUUCCCUCCCGAGUACUCCUUCGCAAGCCGAGGAGGAGGAGGCCGAGGGUACCAUCCCUCUACCCUGGGAGGUGUCCCUGGCCUAUCCCUCUUCGAGGAGUUACUUAGACAGAUAUUUGUCUGAUGGUGUAGUUAGGAUAACUAUGCCGGGAGAAGAAGGUGAAGCUUCGACGUCCGGGCGACUCGUAUAUCCGGAGAUAGAUCCCAAAGGCGGACCGGGAGCGAAGUUCCCCCUUCCGUCAUUAAUAAAAGCUUUGCUAGAGGACGCCCGAGGCCAAGCGGCCAAGUUUCAAAUAAAGGUCCCCUACCUGCUGGUCCGACCCGAUGUCAGCCAUACCAUCCUGACCCACCUCCCGGAUGCACCGCCUUUUAUUACAAGGCCAUGGAGAUGGGAUUGAGGUUCCCGCUGACCCAGUUCGAAAAGGACAUUUUGAACGCCUACAAUUUGUGCCUGGGUCAGCUUUCUCCGAACUCGUGGGGUGGAAUCUUGGCCGUCCAGGUAAUUUGCGACAUUAUUGGAGUUAAGCCGACCCUCACUCUUUGGCGGCAUAUGUACAAGUUGUUCGAGAUGCCAGCCGGGGAUCAUGGUCCGGGCUGGUGGUGCUUCCAGGCUCGGCGGGGCUACCGAACAGUCCUUGACCUUCCCACAUCUCAGAAGGGGUUCCGCCGAGGGUUUGCUUUUGUAUACCACGGAGGGGAAUGGGGCAUCCCCACCGUGCCUCCAUUGGCCGAGCCAAACCAUUGCUUAAAUUUCAAGGUGCCUGAGCUAUCCGACGAGGAAGCUGUGGCUGCUAUUUAUAUGCAACUGGAGGCCAAGAUAGUGGAUGGUGGCGAAGUCUUUGUAGCGGGGAACUGGCUCCUGAGCUGCAAACUGUUUAAGAACGAGCACUUCUUGGCGGCAUUCGGCCUGAGUCCGGCCUUUCCUAAGGGUAAUUCGGCAAGAGGGGGUCCGGUUGACUUGUUUUUAUUGUAUUAUUUGCCAUAUUUUCUACUCUUUUUUCCUUUUGCAGAAGCUUCUCUAGCAUUCAUUAAGGAAACCGACCAGGAAAUGGCCGAACGAUUGACUUCCGCUGCUCUGAAAGCUGCUAGGAUCAGGGCCGAGAUGAAGGCCAACAAAAUCAACAAACCCUCCAAGCCAAAGGAUCCUUCCAACCCUAAACCGAGGAAGCGCAAGGAGAGGACGGAGGAGAGGGUUGAGCUGACGGAGAAGGCGCUGGCCAAGGCCCGGGCCGAGAAGGAGGCCUCGGCGAAGAAGGCCAGGAAAGAGCCUUCUGUCGAGGUCAACAGCCCUCGGCCAGGGUUCGGGGACGACAACACUCAUGUCUCCGUCCAUCCCUCGGAUUUCGAGCCAGUUCGCAGUCCUGGCUAUGUGCCAGGGGGAUCCCAUACUGAGCAGGCGAUGUCCGAGGCGCCUCUCCCGUUUACUCAGCUCUCUAAGACUGAGAAGAAAAGGAUCAGCGAUGCGCUGGAGAUCCUCUGUACUCAAGCCGACCGUGAUCACAUCAGGGCGGUGAACGAGAGGAACGAGUCAAGCGAGCUCUUCGCUCCUGGAUGGACGUAA